AUUCAGCAGCUUAGCGCAUUUCUGAUUUCUGACAGAAGCAACUUAGGAUUCUCUUGCUGUGGUGGUCCUGUAUAUAUAGAGAGAUUAUUAUUACAGAUUAGAAGAGCAAGCAAUUGCAGCUUUACACUUUUGCUGUUUGUGCAUAGCCUUUUGGAUUAAAAGAAAGCUGGUGUGUUAAUGUCUUAGCAGCUUUGCAUCAUUGCAUGUCACCACUCAAGUUUCUGAAGAUUUUGAUGCACUGAAUCAAUCAAUUCCCAAGUCCCAACUACUUUAUGAUGUAUCACAUUCAGCAAACACAAUGCAUCACAGUAGCAAAAAACCAUUUGCAGAGGUGUUACAAAUGCUUGCAGCCAAAUGGAGAGGCAAUUAGGGGACUGCAUACAUAAACCAAUCUGAUCAAAGAUUUGCAAUAGCAGCAAAAAGUAGAGCUUGAGUACUUACACUUGAUAUUAUCAAUUAUCAUGAUGUGAGAUGGUACAUCAGCAUCAACAUUGUCAACAUCACUUUUCAUUUUUAGGGAGCACUAGAGAUUGCACCUCAAAUGAACAGAGCAAAGAGAUAAGGAGGAUACUUAUAGGGGGGAUUAAUUAUUGAUGAUUGAACAUCACUUGAUUUGAUAGUUGACACCAGCAGUGCACAUGUGAGCAUUGCAGGGGACCAUGAUGAAGCCAUGGCUGAGGUUGAUGAGCCCAUAUGUUCAUCUUGGCUAAGUCCAAUGGGCCUGAGCUAGCUUGGAGAAAAGUGGCUCCUUGCAACACAACACCAAGCAAUGGUCCAAGGAUUGUCUACCCAUCUGCAAAAUUCUAGUUUGGCAUUGCAUAAUAAACAUUCAUUUGCUGAGGAUAGUGCUGGUGCGUACCCUUUGGUGCUUAGGAUAUCUGUUCGAGAAACAAGCAUUUUGACUGUGAAGAUCAGCAAAAAGGACAAUCCAGUUGAGAACUAUAAACGGGCAUACAAGAUUUUUAAUAUUGAUUCUCAACCAGUUCAUGUUUGGGAUUUUUCAGGCCAGACAAACCUAAUAUUAAUGAAUGAGUGGAAUAGGUCAAAUCAUGACUGCUGCCACUCAGAGCUAGAGAAUAUUCUUGAAGUGCAAGUCUAUGCAAUGUCUGACUCCUUAACUUCCAAGAUUGGUGGAACCAGCAAAGAGUAUACAGAACAAUCUUCUGCAGAUGUUAAUGAUAUGGAUGUUGAUUUGUCCUAUGGAAGCUUUGGAAGAUCUAGCUCGCAUGGGCUAAUUGGAUUGGAAAAUCUUGGGAAUACUUGCUUUAUGAACAGUUCAAUUCAAUGUUUGGCCCACACAUCAAAGCUUGUUGAUUAUUUCCUAGGAGAUUAUGACAGGGAUAUAAAUCGGACUAACCCACUAGGACUGAAUGGGGAACUUGCUUUGGCAUUUGGAGAAUUAUUGAGGAGAUUAUGGAACACCGAGAGAAAACCAGUUUCACCACAUCACUUUAAGGCAAAGAUUGCUUGUUUUGCCCCUCAGUUCAGUGGCUUCAAUCAGCAUGAUUCACAGGAGCUUCUUGCUUUCUUAUUGGAUGGCCUCCAUGAAGAUCUUAACCAGGUCAAGUGCAAGCCAUAUGAAGAAGCUAAGGAUGCAAGUGGGCGCCCUGACAAAGAAGUGGCUGAUGAGUACUGGAGUAAUCAUUUAGCUCGAAAUGACUCUGUAAUAGUUGAUACUUACCAUGGGCAGUACAAAUCUACAUUAACUUGCCCUACUUGCAGUAAAACAUCUGUCACUUUUGACCCAUUUAUGUACUUGUCUUUGCCUGUACCUUCCACGGCAAAGAGGACAAUGACUGUUACAGUUUUCAGCACUGAUGGUAGUAUAGAGCCAAUCUCAUAUGAUGUCACUGUGCCACAAUUUGGGAGUCUUAAUGAUCUUGUUCAGGCUUUAAGUUCUGCUUGUUCACUGGGAGAUGAUGAAAUCCUGCUGAUUACAGAGGUUUAUAACAACCGCAUCCUCCGAUACCUCGAAGAGCCUUCAGAUUCAGUUUCAUUGCUGAGGGAUGGAGAUAAAUUGGCAGCAUUCCGGCUACCAAGAAAAUAUGAAAAAUCCCCAGUUGUGGUUUUUACACACCAAUAUUUUGAUGAGCGUUCUAGUAUUGAUAAUAUAACACCACAAAUGAAGGAAUUUGAGGCCCCACUGCUGGCAGUUCUUCCUGAGAGAGCCAAUGGAUUAACUCUGAAGAAUAUCUACCUGAAGUUGUUGGAACCAUUAAGAUUUUCCAAGAGUACUAGUUCUCUUAAUGAUAGUGGGAGGUGUAAUAGUGGCUGUGCUGCUGUCAUGAUGGAUGCAACGCCUGAUUCAGAUAGUAAGUUUCAGAGUGCUCCAUCGGAAAACGCCCCUGAAAGUAGCCAGUCUGAGACUAUUGAAUGCCAAAUGACCGAAGGACCUAGUGAGUCAAAUAUUGGUGACACUACUGAUUCUGAUCGGGAGGCACACAUGGAAGAGUUUGAAUUUUAUUUAAUAAAUGGAAGGGGUGAAUUCCAGCAGACGAGAAUACAAACAGAUGAGGUGGAUUUACAGACAACACCAAACCGGCUACUUAUCAAUGUCCAUUGGCAACAAAAUGCAGUAGGACAAUAUGACACCUCAAUGCUGAAAAGUCUACCUGAGAUUCAUAAGCUUGAGCUUAUCCCGAAAGGAAAUGAAGAUUCUGUCGCACUACAUGGUUGUCUGGAAGCCUUUCUAAAAGAGGAACCGUUGGGCCCAGAAGACAUGUGGUACUGCCCAUGCUGCAAAAAGCAUCAACAAGCGAUGAAGAAAUUAGAUCUGUGGAGGCUACCGGAAGUUCUUGUCAUUCAUCUCAAAAGGUUCUCGUACACCCAAUUCACAAGAAAUAAGCUUGAGACAUUUGUGGAUUUCCCCAUUAGUGAUUUGGAUCUGUCAUCAUAUAUCAUUGACAAGAGUGAACUAUCAGACUGCCACUAUCGCUUGUAUGCUAUUAGCAAUCACUAUGGAAAUAUGGGAGGUGGACACUACACCGCCAGCAUCUACCAUGAAGAAGGGAAGGGAUGGUAUAAGUUUGAUGAUGAGUGCGUGAGACCUAUAACUGAAGACAGUAUAAAGACACCUGCUGCUUAUGUGCUGUUCUACAGACGAGAAUGAUCAAGAUACAGCUGCAAUACAUCAAAUAUUUUUUCGGGAUGUUUUGCCAAGUCUAGAUCUUCCUACAUAUUCAACAUAUGGGGCACUUGAAUCUCUCAAGUCACUAACCUAUACAAUAGCAUGUACAGAUUCAAUUGCCGACAGGAGAACAAAAGACCUAGCUAAUGAACUAUUCUUUUCCAGAUUCUUUUUGUACAUGGCUUGGGGGUCCUACAAUGUAAUUGCCUGCUAGUGAUUAGCCUGGGUUCUACAAAAUUCUUUUUGUCACCGAAUUGUUGCCAAUAAUUUUUAAAACGAUGUAACCUCUCCUUUUUAAUUAACUCGUGUGAUCGAUCUGUUCCUGUCGCGAGUGCGACGCCAUA